CCUCUGUGAGAGGAGAGAGAGAGAGAGAGAGAAAGCAAAGAUGAUUGCAGAAAUGGCGGAUCCACGAUGAAAGUAAAAGUUCCCUCAUUUCCGUGGAGCUCGCAUUUCAACCACCUUGUUCUGCAUUCCUCAUCAUGAUCACUCGUCGCACCCCUCCUCUCCACUUCAUCGUUCCUCUCAAUCCCACUCCCCACUCCCCACCUCCUUCUCCGCUCCCUUUUGGCGCCGCCAAGCCAUCCCCGCCCCGCUCCGUCGCUCUCGCCGCCACCCCUCGCCCCUCCUCCUCCUCCUCCUCCGCUCCCUCGCUCCGCCACGCGAGCGGCGGCGACGGCGACGGCGACCGACGCUUGCGUCGAGCGUGGCCCCUCUGGCUCCGCCUCUCGGCCGACCCUUCCUUCGUCCCCGACCUCCCCUUCCUCUCCCUCUUGUUCUCCGCCUGCGCCCACGCCCGCCGCUUCGACCUCCUCCUCCUCGUCCUCGACCGCCUCUCCUCCUCCUCCGCCGCCCUCCCUCCCGGCCUCCUCCCGCGGGCUCUCUCCGCCGCCAUCUCUUGCUUCGCCGACUACGCCCAGCUCCCCUUCAUGGAGCGCGCCUUGUCCCUCUUGCUCUCCCGGGGCUUCCCCGUCGACUCCGCCGCCGGCGACGCCUUCCUCCGGUACUACAGCCGCUUCGCCUCUCUGGACGACCUGGAGGGUGUUUACGCCUGGCUCAAGCGCUCUCGGCAUCUCCCCCGCCCCGCGGGAAUCAGGGCCGUCGCUCUCGCUUACGUGCGGGAUCGCGAGCUCUACAGGUUGGGACGGUUCUUAAGGGACGUGGGUCUCGGUCGGAAAGACCUCGGCAACCUUCUGUGGAACCUGCUGUUGCUCUCCUACGCUGCCGCCUUCAAGAUGAAGAGCUUGCAGAGGGAAUUCUUGAACAUGGUUCGCGCCGGGUUCUGCCCCGACGUCACCACCUUCAACGUCCGCCUCCUCGCCUUUUCCAGGAUGUCCAUGUUCUGGGAUCUCCAUCUCAGCCUCGACCACAUGCAGCGCGCCGGCAUCGUUCCCGACCUCGUCACUUAUGGCUGUGUCGUCGAUUCCUACAUGGAUAGGAGGCUCGGGAGAAACCUGAGGUUCGCAUUGGACAAGAUGAACCUGGACGACCCUCCUCGGGUGUCGACGGACUCGCUCGUGUUCGAAGCUUUCGGCAAAGGCAGUUUCCAUUCGACUGCGGAGGCGUUUUUGGAGUUUCGGAGGAACAGUCCUUGGACUUACCGGAAGGUCGUCGCCACGUAUUUGCGAAAACAAUACAGGAGCGAUCGGAACCAGAUCUUUUGGAAUUACUGAUUAGCUGCCUAAGAUUGCUGCACAAGAAGUAUUCUUUUCCUCUUUAAUCUACUUCUCAAGUUUGCAUUGCGUGACUGAGGAGUACUAUGUUCGAGUUCAUGAUUGAAGUCCCACCACUGGAGCUCAGAAUUAGUGUUUACGACAUCACGCCCUGGUAGUGGAAACCUUGUUGUCUUGGCUCUCUGACCAUGGGAAAGGUUUGCUUGACGUGUGCAAGUAAAAUAUUGGAAGCUGUGGGAAAAAGGAAAAGAACCAGACUCUUAAUCGAUUCCAAUACUGGAUCUUCAUCACAUCAAUAAAAAAUCUACUUUGAGUCAGUGUAAUUCGGGUGGGUCGUGCAUGGAUGAGGUUGCUGUUCCAAGUGCUUAUACUUUAAAGGAAGAUGAAUCAGUGUCGGGGUCUCUCAAAUCCUGUUUACGAUGGCAAGAUGACAAAAAGCUACCCAUUCAAACUUGACCCCUUCCAGCAAGAUUCCUAGCUUGUUUGGAGCGAAAUGAGUCAGUUUUAGUACCAGCACACACUUCAGCUGUUAAAAGCUGUGGUUGAUGAAUAUGUCGUUGCGAUGGCUUUGAGAGAUGAAUGGAGGGUGAUAUACUCAUAUCCUUGAAAGCUUUGAAUAAGCAGAAGUAUGGGGGUGCUAAGUCAAGUGUUUAAGGAUGUCUGGUUGCACCUAAUGCUAGCUGCUUGGUAUGAGGGGGAUGCUGUUUAGGGGACUUGAGGUGCUAAAGGAAGUUGCAUGAUGUGUUUCGAUGAGUUAGAUUACAUGCAGGACUGUGAAAAAGGUGUUGCUGGUGAGGAGAUCGAUUUUUUUUUUUUUUUUUUUUGGGCCGCUGGCUGUAAAAAUGGUUUUCCUUUCUGCGACAAUGUCAAAUGUCAAAUGCUGCUGAGUUCAUAGAAUGGAGUUGCAGCUUGCAUAAGCAGCCAUGCCAUGUGGUGAACACAUAUUUGUUACCAAAUCCUCUGCUCUGCAGCAGUAUAUUCUCCCCAUGGGUAGGAGUGGUUGUACUUUGGAGUUGAUGAGCACGGACAGUUUAGAGAGAGAACAAGUUUGUCAAUGGUUCAGAAUGCUUUUACAAAGCAGAAAGUUGGCACGGGGAGCAAGUUUGUAUAGGGAGAAGCAAGUGGAAGAAUUGCCAAAGGCAGAACUGCCUCGGGGUCCUGUCAUUCAGCCUGAUCUCUCUCCCUCUCAUGGCAUGCACAUGCACACACCUAAGGAUGUAUAUUCUCAUCAAUACAACUCACAGUAAGGGGCCGGGGAAAGUAGUAUGGUAUCUUCAGACUGUGAGUACUCCAAAUUUGGUGCAACAACAGCUUUAUUGACAAACUUUGGGCGUUCUUCAAAUUGACCCCUUGCAUUGGUUUCGACAUACUCCAAGAAACUUCAGUCUCCUAUCAUGAAAUAAACAAUUUCCAGUUCAGAUUUGUCUCUUGGAUGACAUUAAGCAAUGUUAUUGCAGAAGUUUGCUGAGAACAUACUUAUUUUUCCUGUGAAGGAUGAUGUACUUGAGCUCUCACAUACAGACUGUGGCAGCUGGGUUUCUGUCAUCACAUCCUUAAGAAAUUUGGGAUGACAAAAAUGUCAAAGCUUCAGUCAUCAUUCAAUAAAAAAUGAAUGGAAUGGGUACUCGGGAAAUUGUGGUUGAACAAAAAUUAAAACCUCAUGCGGUAAGCAGUAGGCGGAAUGAUUACAAAGUACACCUUCUCACCUGACUUGUGCUUGAACUGUGACUGCUGCCUGAUGACCCUCCUGAACUGCUUGAUUGUGCCAUGCUGGGCAUUGCAUCCUCAGCCAGUGCUCUCAGUCUAUUAAGUUCAGGUAAAACUACGGUACCUAGAUCAGGUCUGUCCUUUCUUCUCAAUUCUGCGCACUUAAGAGCUAACUUUGCGAAUGCUAAGGCAUGUUCAACUGGCCAAUCGGGAAUUGCUGGAUCAAGCGUCUCUGCAAAGUUCCCUCUCUCAAUAGCCCGUUCCACAAGAUGAGUCAAACCCAUUGGGGGCUUUGCCGUUAUUAUUUGAAGAAGCAAGACCCCAAGUGAGUAAAUAUCAGAUUUUAUUCCAAGCAUGCCAGUUUGUUGAUAUUCUGGAUCUAUGUAACAGAAAGUCCCAGCUGUUGAUGUCAUGCGAUACUGAGUUACCGCAUUGGCUACUGAUGGAGGGACAAGCCUGGCUAAGCCAACAUCGCUGAUCUUGCUGACAUAGUUACGGUCAAGCAAAAUGUUGCCAGGUUUUAGGUCACGAUGCACAAGUGGUUCUGGCUUGGUUUGGUGGAGAAAAAGUAGGCCAGUGCCAAUCUCUGCAGCUAUUCUGAAUCUGUGUUGCCAUGGAAUUACUGGGGUGUUUCCUCGUCGGAAGAGACGGUCAUCCAAGCUUCCAUUGGCCAUAUACUCAUAGACCAAGCAUCCAUAUUCUGGGCAGGCGCCGAGGAGGAGAACCAUGUUUGGAUGCCGAAUGCAGCUCAGUACUUCAACCUGCAUCAUCAUUAAGGAAGUGAAUUAGAUGAUUCAUGACCUUUGUGGUUAUGUAGAGUGGAAUCCCAGACAGGAAAGAAGUUUUUAAUGUCUGUUUAUAAACUGAUGUGUACAGUUGAAUUCCAUUUCUUUUUCGCCUGUUCCCUUAAAACUUCCCCAUAUAAGGAAUAAUCCUUGCUUCCUUCCCUCUGCAAAAUAGAUCAUGAUAUAGUACUUAAAGAUCUUGAAACCAAAUCUGGUCUUAGUCCUCUUUGAUGAGUUAGGUACAUACUCAUCCUUAUGGACAAAAUUUUAGGUAUGCAGGAGAUUGUUUCUUUAUGCAA